AUACAAAGUGUUACAUUGCGACGUGCGCUACCGUGGCCACCAGUUGAAGUGUUAUAGUGUGACGUGCGCUACCGUGGUAACCAAUACAAAGUGUUAUAGUGCAUCGUCCGCUACCGUGGCCAUCAAUAAUUUGCAAGAAAAACAGAAGCGCUUUGUACCUGCUUUGUAUCUAGAGUUGAAAACGAAUUAUGAUAAGCGCCUUCCCCGAAUAAACGUCUCGCAUGGGACAUGAAAUAUUUUAUAAGCUACCGCCCCUUAUUUGAGCAAUUAUGGUAUUUGUAUUUGUGUAUAUUUAUAAAUUGAUAUGCAUCAGUGUUGUAUUUGUUUUGUUUACGGGUGCGAUUGCGAUUAAAAUUCGUCCAAGUUUAGGCUUUUUCGACAGAAUAAUUAGUUCUGACCUGUGCAGGUGUUUUUUUAUAACAGCCAGCAGUUUGGUGUCUUGUCUGGUUUGUAAUGACCCCUACAGGUGUUUUUUUAUAACACCCAGUUUGAUGUGCUUCGUCAUGACGUGGAAAUCAAUAUCCCGUCCUGAAAUAUUAAUGUUUAUCCAUAAAACCACCAUUCUAGACAUACGUCCAAGGUCGUGGACAUAUCAGCCAGAUGGUCGCGUCACGUGAUGUCUGCCUGUUUGUGCUACUGGUGGGGAUCCUCCGUGCUGUGCGCGCCGGACCAGUAUUUGAUUUCGAGGAUCCGGAAGAAGUUACGGAUUACAUAUCAAGCGAAGGCUGCUCUGUGACGAAACAAUCGCAAAAUCAUGCAAAGAGCGGAGAAUACUCCCUGAUGUGGGCCUGGCCCAAAAUCACAACGGCAACCAAGCUACGCAUCCACCUGAAGGAGGCCUCGCUCGGUAAAAUGGAAAUCAAAAAAGGCGGGUUCAAAUUCUGGAUGUACAUCCCAGCUGAUAAAGGAGAGUUUCCAAGAGCUCAGUCCGAAAGUGCUGAAUGUAACGAUGCGACAAAAAUAGGGAGACUCCGGUUGAGAGGUUUCCGGGACAGGAUGAGUGAGAAGGCCAUGAACCGCUCUGGAAGUCCUCGUAAAGACAGCGCUAUUGGUGCUAAAAUGGAAAUAGUUUUCAAAGGUAAAACUAAAGAUGACAAACCGAAAGAAUAUGGCCCUGUGACAGCGAACCUUGGGUUUAUUGGAUGGAGAGCUGUUUGGAUAGCUUAUCAAGAGUUUAAAAUUAAGCCUGGCACUGACAACGCCUUGGUGGUAAUAUCAGAGGUAGAGUUCGCAUUUCCUGAGGCUAGUGACAAGGCAGGAGGGUUGUACCUUGAUUUAGUGCGAUUUGCGCCGUCAAUCAAGAUGGAGACUCGCGACACUGUUGUACCCAAGGUCGUCGAUGACGUGACGAGGGCGUUCGACGAGAGGAAAACAUGGCAGCAGAGCUUGAGGUGGAGCAUGAAUGAGGCACCAGCGCCCAGCAAGGAUGAUAGCACAGGUAUUAACGAUAUCCAGGAAAUCGAGGACCGCCUGGAGAACUGGUACGCAAGGACAGACAAAGAUCUGCCUUUCCCUCUCCUUGAUAGCGGACAUGAAGAUGAAAGUGUCGAGGCGUACAAGGCAGCGCGUUUGAAAGGGUUACUUAAAAGCAUUCGCUUCGCUCAUAAACAUUACGACAGGCUAUGGAAGAAGAGUGCUGGGGCGAAGGACGAGGCCAUCACAGGCCCACCGCUGUUUUCUAAGGUGUCCGAAUACGGCGAAGAGAAGCUCGCAGGGCAAGAUAAAGUGAAGUUUACCUUUAUUAUGGAAAAGGUUCUGCUCCCACUUGCCUUGGAGUACAACCUCAGGGGCAGACGGAAUGAGGUUGCAGGGGCAGCAAGGCGAGAAUGCAAGAAGCUCAGCACCGAGGACCCGAACACACGUCGUAAAGGAUUAGAAAACAUAGCAGGUGAUAACGAGGCUAUGAUGGAGUUUCUUGACACGCAGUUGAGUGGCAAAACGUUAGAUUGCAAUGAAGGGUCAGCGAACGAAGAUCUCAAAAGCGCAAUUGAUGCCCUCAAUCAGGAGCGACUCCGAAGACUUGUUGCCUUGUUCGAUUACCUCCAGGAUCAGGGCUGGGACCGCGGAAGUGGCUUAGGCUCGUUAGAUCACGAAAUGAACAAAGAUGGAGCGGGAUUUUUGAAUGCGUUAUUUCUCCUGAGAAAUGCAUUCAAAAGGGACCAUAGGGAAAAGUUUAAACACUGGAUCGAGACGGCAAAAUGGUACGCUGACUUUAACGAGAUUUAUCAGACGAAAGAGAGUGCCGCGUAUGACGGGACGACCGCGGACAGAAUGAGAACAAUUCUUCUACAUCGACUGAUGAUCGUUUUGAUGGCACCGUAUGAGUCCGAGGCCGAGCAGGUCCGGGAUAUGAACGGGUUUAAAACCUGGGUCGAGAUCGUGCUCAGAGUUAACAAAGGUCUAGGUGGGGUCGUCAAACCGGAUUAUACCGGUUUUCAUCACAUGACCUUUUAUGGAUCCGCCUAUGUGACGCAUGCGUAUCACAACGCGGCGUUGGUGCAGUACCUCGUUGACGGGACGCAGUUUGCGCUGUGUCAAGAAGCGAAGGAGAAUUUAAAGAAAGGACUUGAGACUAUCCGGGUGACUGCGGUAAAGUAUUCGACUCCUAACGGUAUCUGCGGGCGGUUUCCCGAUUACCACAAGGCAGAACUCGCGAGACUGGUCCCCGCCUACGCUUAUAUCAGCUGCAAACACAGCCUGCAAGAAGGAGGAAUCGUGGAGCACGACACGUCUGCCAUCUGCUCGUCCAUUGAGGGCCCAGAAAUGUUUCUUCGCUUGUACGACCUCCAGGAGGAUUCCGUGAAAGAGUACCUCGGUAAAGGGGAGGUGUACACAUCUAUUUACUACUUGAAUUCUAUUGGCUCGCUGGAUAUCAUGGAUGAAGUCCGGAAGCGCUCGCUCAAGGACGCCAUCGGAGCCGAGCCUUCGCCAACAGGACAUUGGAGCUUCAACUUCGCGGCCCUUUCCAUCCACCGCCGGGACGACUGGUCAGCGGCAGUCAAAGGGUUUAAUAAAUACGUAUGGGACUGGGAAUCCAGUAAUAAUCAGAACUUGUACGGAAUCUUUGGAAGUUACGGAUCACUUCAGCUUUCCAACAGCGAAUCAGCAUUGGCGUCAUAUGAUGUUAAGAAUGGAUGGGACUGGACCCGGGUUCCCGGAGCGACAACUAUUAAUUUCAAGCUAGAAGAUAUCAAGUCGGAUGACGACAGGUACUAUAACCCGAAGGCCUUUGCGGGUGGUGUGAGCUUGCGUGGAACAAAGAGGAAAUCGUGGAAUGGUGGAUUUGGAAUGGACUUCGAAAUCCCAAAGUAUGAAAUCGAUAAUGACCGUGCAGCUUUAAAGAAUGUGUAUUUCAAAUUCAAAAAAUCGUAUUUCUUUGUGAAUAACUUGAUAAUUGCAGUAGGAAGUGAUAUAACUCUGAUGGGGAUAAAUGGAUUGAAUCUACCAGAUUCGUUCUACCCUCAGACGACAUUAUUCCAAGACAAGCUUGUCCGAUCCGCUAAUAAGAUAGAAAUCAAUGGCGUCAGGCACGACUUGAGAGUUGUUGAUGAGGGCCACCCUAAAACGAAAAGAGGGGACAAGAAAGCAAAAGGUAAAAGAUCUGACAAUAUGCUAGAUGCUGGUAUGGAAGACACAGGCCAUGACUUGGGUGAAGUUGGUGAUAAGAGCGACAGAAGAAAGAAGAAAGAAGGAAAUAAUUUGCUGCAGGAUACUCGUAACAACCUGUACAAAAUAUUUAAAAAGGGCGGUAAUGAUCUACAUUGGUCCAUCAGCGACCAGAAGUCAAAGGCUGAUGAUGGCUGUAAGAAUACGAAAGGGCGGUACGCUACCGCAUGGCUGCAGCAUAAAAGAGAUCGCGGGAAAUAUCUUUACGGAAUUUUGGUGGCUUACAGGGAUGGCCUUCCCGCUAAUAAGGGCGACUUUAAAAAGAUGUCAUGUCUGAUGCAAAACUCACAUGCCCACGUUGUCAAGGUAACAAAUUUUGGCGUAAUAACACACGGGUAUGCUGUGUUUGAAGGCGGAAAGAAGAUCGAAGGCCCGGUAACAAAGGCCUCAUCCAAAUGCAUGAUAAUGGUGGAGGAACGCGGUGAGGGGCUUGAUUCAGUCGAGGACACUGGUCAAGAAAACGAAGGUUGGGAGAAAGAUGAUGAUAGCGUCAAUAAGGAAGGUAGUCAUAAAUCUGGUCGUGAUAGUCAGGGUCGAGGCGACGUCAAAGGAACUAGACGGACAAGCGAUCAGACUCUGUUCAUCGCCGUUAGCAUACCAGCAUUCAACCUUAUCGACGAUGGUGAAAUGGAGUCCAAACCAGCCUGCCAAAAACCCAAAGACCCAAAGGCACUUCAUCCGAAAAACCUCAGUGGAGUUACUGAAAGAUUACUGUAUUGUGCCAAAAGCGAUAACAGUAAAGUCACUCUCGAUUUAAGCAAGCCUGUGUCGAGUGAGGUCGAAGAGGUCUGGGUAAGAGAGGAAAACGCCGAAGACAAAGAUAAGUAUGUCAGCGUUAGCAAUAACGGGUGCAGGAUCACGUUUUCUUAUCUAAAAAAUGGUUUCACCACAGAGGUAAAGCUACAAUAUAGAGAUGCUGCAAGCGAGAGCAAUUGUUGAAAAUAGUGAGAUAACUAAAAUGAGUAUGAUAAUUAACACGACGACAAUGAGGAUGGCGACUGCGAAACUGAUUUUGUUGUAUGAUAAUGAUGACGAUAACGAUGAUAAUGAUGAUAACGACGGUGAUGGUGUUGAAGAUGCGAAUGUCGAUCACGAAUAAUAUGGCCAGCAUGGGUUAAUCGACAACUAAAACAAUCUUCAAUGUAACAAAUUAAAUUUCUGCAUUCAAUCAA